CCGUUCACACUUUUGGGCAACCGUUCACACUUUUGGGCAACCGUGACGACAAGUCCGGCGGGGCUUCCGUUGUCAACGGCUUUUCCAAAGACGCGCUCGCGGCCGCGUGGAACGUCGACGAGCCGACGGUCGAAAAGCUGCCGACGUCGCAGAAGGGCGCGUUCAUCAUCAAGCUCGAGGACAAGGAGCGCGCGCGCGGGCCCGCGCCGCGCGCCGCCGCCACGUGGCCGUUUGGUGACGUCAGCUUCAACCUGGAGGAGACGCAGCCGGAAAUCGUAACCAAGGGCGGGUCCCUCAACUUUGUGAACGAGUUCAAGAUGCCGGUUCUGAAGAAAGUCGGGAUGAGUGCAGCGUGCGUAAAGCUCAAGGCGAAUGCAAUUUUUGCCCCGGGCUGGUCCCCCAACGCGCACCACGUGGUCUACUUCACCCGGGGGAAAGGGCGCAUCCAGGUCGCGGCGCCCGGGGGAAAGAGCGAACUAGACCGGGAAGUUUCUGCAGGGCAGCUGGUAAUCAUCCCCAAGCACUUCCCGGCCACCAAGCUGGCCGCCCGGGAGUCGCCGCUCGAGUGGGUGACGGUCAUGACCAGCCCCGCCCCGGUCUCCUCCUUCCUGGCCGGGGCACAUUCGGUGUACAAAGCGUUCCCCUUCGACUGGCUGGUGGCGGGUUUCGACGUGGACCCCGAGCUCGAGAAGAAGGUUCUCCGCGCGCAGACCGAGGAGAGCAUCAUCCUGACCCGCCAGGAGAAGAGCGCUGACGUCAGCGGGCAGCCCAACGAGAGCGGCGAGGAGCACGCGGCUGCAUCUUUUGACGAAGCAGUUGAAGACAUUUUUGGUUAG